AGUGUGUGCCCUCCUGUGUGCCUGGCAGCUCCAGCACCCCCUUCCUCCCCGCCUGCAGGAGCAGAGAAGUUGUUCAGGAGCUGUGGGGCAGGAGAUAUUUUUGGCUCAGGUCACAGAUUGAUUCCUGCCCACUCUUUCCCUGCUGCUUGCAAGAAAGGGUCCCCAGCUGAGGAUGUAGAGACAAGCUUUCAAAGCCGUGGAAUGGGAGCACAGUGCUGCAGCCUCCGAGUCACCAGGGCUCUAGAAAGUCACAAACAACCAGCACCUGGCAUGAUCUCAAAGGAACAAUCACCUGUAAAUUUUGUAAACUGGACUGAGUAGCAUGAUGCUCCCAACAUGCAAAUGAUUUCAGAUGGAACCAAAUUACACAUCAGAAAUGACAAUGCUGAUAACAGUAUCAUCCUCCACCCAGCCUGUUUCCAAUCACCACCCCCUUUCUCCCCCUCCCACCCUACCAAAGCCUGGGAAGGACAACCUGCGCCUGCAGCGGCUGCUGAAGAAGGCAGCGAGGAAGAACGCCAUCCUCACCUCGGAGCAGGGCAAGUCCUUCCGCUCCAGCCUUUCGCCUGUGAACGAAGCCAGCCCCGACCAAGAGCGUGCAGAGAGCGCUGCCCCAGCAGCGGAGACCCCUGAAGCCACAGCAGCCCCCUCUGCCCCCCUGCCAACCCAGCUCUCCAUCAGGCCCGUCAGCCACCGCGCCCUCUCCCCGUUCCGAAAGGGGAAGCCUUUCGCGCUGAAGGUCACCGAGCAGCGGCGCAUCGCUGAGCAUGUCAAGCUCACGGCCUCCUCGGCCAUGCCCCUGCUACAGAAGCCAGAAGCUCUUGAGACUCCACAGCAGCCUGAAGGCAUGGGCUCCCACCUUCCCUCUCCAUCUGACCCUUCAGAAUCUGUUUUCCCCCAGCCUCCUCCUUCCAGUACACCCAGCAAAGAAAGGGCACCAGAGGUUACCUAUGUCACCAAGGUGAACACUUAUUUCCACAGCGUCAAGCCACCCAGGGCUAAGACUCCCACACCAAACCCGACCCAAGGAACUGUCAGCCACGAAGACAAAAGGCCUACUUCCCCAGCACCUCAAACAAGCAGCUCUGAACCACCUCCAGAGCAGACACCCACCUCACUUAAAGACAGCAAGGCCGCUCCCCCUUUGCCAAAACCUCCCCUCGUUCCUGCUGCAGAGACAGAGUCUCCUGAUCAAGCUCCCAAGCCUGCUCCUACUGAGAAGCCCAGCACCUCUGAUGCCCACACCAAUAAGCCUACAACCCAUGGAAGCAACACUGAAUGCAAGACAGCUCCUGAAUUACCAGAGCAAGACAGAGACAUCCCAGAACCAUCAACAUCCAGCGCUCCCUGGAGGCAAGCACGCCCAGCAACAGCAGCUCCAGCACAAGCUGAUGGUACCGGGUCCACCUCCACAGACACCAAGGCAGAACAUGUCACUGAACCCCAGAUGACUCCCAGCUCACCCAACACCAGCUGUCCUCCCAAGGCUGAGCCAGCACCAUCACCAGGAGAAGCACCAAGGCCUCCUGGAAGCAGUGCCAGUGGCUGGCAUCGCCUCAAGAAGCACUUGAUGGUGCAGCCAGAAGCAACCAACUUCCCAGAGUCCAAGCCAGAAAAGCAGGGACAGGAGGAAGGGAAUAAAGAGGACGCUGCUCAAGCAGUCAUCAAGCAAGACUGCAUGCUGGUUAAAUCCAAAGCCAUGAGAAUGUGGGAUGCCAUUUUAUACCAGGUGGCACUCAGCAAGGAGAAGAAGCAGCAGGCAGAAGAGAAGAAGCCACAAAAGGAAGAAAGCCUCUUUCUUCCCCGCCGCCUACCCAUCCUUCUACACAAGCCACGCUUUGAUGCCCGGAAGCUGAAGGAACUGGCUGCCAAGCCCAUGACAAAGAUCAGCACCAUGUUUGAGGUGCGCCACUUCCGGCCCAAAGGGGCUGAGGAGCACACCAAGAGCUUUAACAGAACGGCGUCAGGAUGGUCUGUCCACUGAAGCCAGGCUGCUGCACGCCUCUGGAGGUGCACCAACCUCUGACCAAGCCCAGUGGAGCCAAGUAUAAGGAAAAAAGGAAUUAAAUAAAACUCCUCCAAGCCAGCACCCCGUGCUGCAGGUUUAAGGGUUACUCUCCAUACAUUUAAAAGCUCAAAUGCGUAACUACCACAUCCACAGGUGACAGAAAACAAACAUUUUUCUUGUUUGUUUUAAGAAGAGUCAACAGCAAUCACUGGAGGAAAUAAGAGUGAAGGCACAUGGCAAAGAGGACAAGCUGCCUAUAGAAAAAAGACCAGUUUAGAGUAGGAUAAUGGAAUCUGAUUUUUUUUGUUGCAUUUAUCUAAGAGAUUGAUCCUAGGAACAACAGCAGUUGCAUCUAAAAUGAAGGCAUCUGGGUUGCUCCAUGUCUCUAGGAAGUGUCUUAGAAACCAAACUCAAAGAGGAUACAUAUAGCCUCUAACUCCUCCACUGAAAGUGUACUCCACACCCAUUUGCUGAGAACAAAAUGGAAACUCAUCCUUUCACCCAAGGCACAGACAAGAGACAAAGAUGUCCUGCUCUCACCAAGCAGUUCAUCUGUCUAUCAAAAUGGGCACCAUCUGACAGCCUCCUCGGCCAGUCUACUAAAUAACAAUGCACACAAGAAUAAUUUUGUUUCAAUAAUCAAGUUCUGUUAUGUAUUUUACCGUGUUUUGUCCACAAUAGCUGAUGGUUAAUGUUUCCACGAUAACCAACAAGACCCUGCUUUAGCAUGUGGGUAUCCAACUCUGUAUUUAACAAGGUGCUGGUUUCUGAGGGGUUCUGCUAACCACAUGUAGUCUCAUUUUCAGGGUGAACAUCAUGACAGUUGCACCCUGCUUGUCCCUGAUGUCCUGAAAAAGGGGCAUUUAAAGGAAAUCCCCAACUCUGCCCACUCACAGAGACAACUGGGCUUUCCAGUAUUGCCCUCUGCAACUCCACUGGCAGCAGGCUUGUGAGCAUUGGGAGAUUGGUUAUUUCUGUUUCACAAGGGACUUGGUUAUGUGCUGGGGUGUUCCUACACAGCUAAUAUAGGAUUGCUAUGUUUAGCCCAAGUAGAAUAUAAAGAGCUGGGCACAGAGUUUCCUUUUACACGUGCAGAGGUUAUGGAGAACUGACCAACAGUUCCUCAGGUCAAACUGCAAACAGACUUAGAAACAAAGAGUCCCUUCUGCCUUUUUUGAAGUCUUCCUGUUUUGCAGUGGUGCUGUAAGAGCAGUUCAUUUAGCAAACCUUCACUUAAGACUGGUAAAGUGAAAACUUAUUUCUAUUGUGUAACCCCUUCCCUACUGAAAGGGCCAAAAGCAAGUAGGAAGAAUAACCCAAUUAUCUAAGGUGGGGAUUUCUUCAAACCCCCAGUUUUCAAAGAAAAAGGUAACAAGAGGUUGGAAAUGUGCAACAAUCACAAGGGAAUUCCAGGUAAGCCUCUGCAGGAUAAUUUAACAUCACUGCAAGAGAAGGCUACAGAGAAGAAGGCUACAGACAAACAUCCAUGCAGCAGCACAGCCAUAAAAAUUUAAAUAGUGUAGCAUAAAACAUGUAAAGCAGAUAAAGGCAACCUUACCAGAGAGUGAUAAAUGGCACCUUACUGCAGCACAGCCAGGUGGAUGCCUCUGCACAAAGCUCUGGAUGCACAAGGGCCACAGUACUGGCAUGAAGCAGAGCAGCCAACAUCAAUUACAUUUGGGAGACUCAGGUGAAAGUGGUUUAAGAAGCACUUGUGUUUUAAAACAGCUUUUGUCCUGCACCAAGGACAACCACCCAGAGCAAUCCAGCAACUCUCACCUAAGGCUUAGGUUUUGCAUCUGCUAGGUUUCCAGUCUGGCAGCACUCACACCCCAGCCCCACUGCACAUGGAUGAAGGAUGGGGAAAUGCCACUGGGGAGAGCAAUUCCUACAAGCAGAAGGAAGGAGACAGAGGAAGGCAGGUCUGGGUGCACGGUUUAGCUCUUUUACCCCAUAAAGGGCAGAGGCACACAGCAAGUAUGGCAAGUCCUGCAGAGACAGACCCUGACAUGAGAGUACCACAGACAGGAGGACAUAUCCCUGUAGGCAGCAAUGGCUGAUCACUGGAAGUCAUUGUGGUGUGUUCCAGCCUGAGCUGUCGUGCUGAGGAAGAGAAGGGGAAUGCUACUGGGCACAGAAUUUGCCUAUUUUUCAAUGCCAAAUGACAUCAGGCAGUUGCUAAAUGCCCAAAUUGACACCUACAGAAAAACCCUUGUUCCAUAGCCUGCAGUGAGGUCCUGCAGCCCAGGAAGGGAGGGAAGGAAAGAAGAGAGAAAAAAAAAAACAACAAACAAACAAAAAAAAAAAACCAAAAACACCACAUCACACCUGUGUUUAAGCAACUAGAGAGCUGCAAAGGUGGUGUAAAGCAAGUGACAGGGGUGAGCCAGAAGGGUUUGAGAGCAAGAAGGCCAUGACAGUGAUCCAGCAGUAGGGAAAAAGGAUGAACAUAGUUCAAAGGGGUACAGAGGAGCUAGAGAGCAGCUCCCCAGGGAGUUCAGAGCAUACAAAACAGACAGCUAAGAACCUAAGUACAGAAACAAGCCAAGCUCCUUCAGCUAUCACAGCCAUUUUGCUAUUCACAGUAGAACAAACCCCAAUACUUCCAUGUGAACAAACCCAGAGAGCAACAGUGUGGUGCCAUGGCUGUGUGGAGGGCUGGGUGGAUCCUAGAGGACAUCCUGUGACAGAGCCUUGCCUUUCAGGAAAGGCUGCUGGACAAAGAGCAGAGCCAAAGGCACUUUCAUUUGAGCUGCUCAGAGAAACCCAGGUAGGGCAAACAAAACCUGCUGACAACCUAGCAAAACCUGUUUGCUGCAGAGAACUGAAGCUCACUAGGUUCCACCUGGUGCAAUGAAACAGACAUCAGGAGAAAGAGGAGACUGAUCAGAGGGGAGACCUUAUAAUAGGUUUCUCAAAGUCACAGGCAGAGAAGCAAGUUGAGGGUGGAAGUUCUGUGGACUAAAAACACAGCUUCAGGCAGUCUUGGGGUUACUGCUGCCCAUCUCAAACAGCAUUCAAAAGGGCAUCUCCUCUAAAUGGGCACUACAAAAGGAAAAAAACAAGCCAAAACAAACAAAACACUCAGAAGCCAGCUCCUUGAGGGUGGGAGGGAGGGGAAAGAAGGAACCCAAGCCCCAGAAGAAUUCAGAAACAAAAGGUGUUUUGUAGCAGGCAGAGCUAUUUUAACCUUGGCAAUGAAAUAAAGCUUCUUUUUUAUAGUAGGGAAAAAAAAAAAAAAAGAGA